AUGUCGAAGGACGAGAGAGAUGUGAUGAACUACGAGAGCAAUAUAGACAUCCUUCAGGAAUCCUGCCACGACUACCAGUAUGAGUCUGGCAUAGAAGACAUGAAGAAACUUCCAUCAAAGUUUUUCACUUAUUUUUCUUUGGUAUCCAGGGACAAUCAGACUAGACAAAUACAAGAUGCUGUUUCAAAUGUGGAAAAACAUUUUGGUGAAUUGUGCCAAAUAUUUGCUGGAUACGUACGUAAAACUGCCAGACUACGAGACAAAGCAGAUCUUCUAGUAAAUGAAAUAUAUGCAUAUGCAGCCACAGAGACACCAAACUUAAAAGUUGGACUGAAAAACUUUGCAGAUGAAUUUUCCAGACUUCAGGAUUAUCGCCAGGCAGAGGUUGACAGGCUUGAAGCCAAGGUUGUUGAACCUCUGAAAAGUUAUGGGACCAUAGUGAAACUUAAAAGGGAUGAUCUUAAAGCAACUUUAACGGCAAAGAACCGAGAAGCCAAGCAAUUAUCUCAACUGGAAAAGACACGUCAGCGGAAUCCAUCAGAUCGACACAUUAUUUCACAGGCUGAAAGUGAAUUGCAGAGAGCUUCACUGGAUGCAACUCGAACAACUCGGCAAUUAGAGGAAACCAUUGAUAAUUUUGAGAAACAGAAAAUAAAGGACAUAAAAAACAUAUUUUCUGAAUUUAUAACUAUUGAAAUGUUAUUCCAUGGGAAAGCUUUAGAGAUAUAUACUGCUGCCUACCAAAAUAUCCAAAAUAUUGAUGAAAACGAAGAUUUAGAGGUUUUUCGGAGCUCACUUUAUCCACCAGAUUAUCAAUCUCGCUUAGACAUAGUUCGUGCAAAUUCAAAGUCCCCCCUGCAAAGAACUGGCUCCUUAAAAUCUUCACUGAGGACAGUACAGAUUUCCAACAGUAUGCUAAGAAAAGAUGAAGAGGAAGAGGAGGAGGAAGAUGAAGAUGAGGAAGAAGAGGAGGAGGAGGAAUUAGAUGCUACUAAGGAAGUGAGAUAACAAAACUAUUCUAAGAGCCUUAUUUUUUGAUUGGGGGGAAAAAAAGAUUUCCCUUUACAUAAAGGCUUUUGUAUGUUAGUCAAAAACUUCACUGGGGCUGUAUUUUUGAAAUUCCAACAGGAGCAAGAAUUGGCCCCAAUAGUAGAGUGCCAGAAACAAAUAAUCAAUUUCAAAGAAUGGAACAGAAUCUGCUGAAAAUGGACGAUUUCAGUAGCUAGAAAAUUAAGUAUUUAAAUAGAAUCCUGUAUUAUAUUUGCAUAGAUGUUAUACUGCAGUCACAUUUGCUUAAACUUACAUGAUGAACAGUGUCCAAAAAUUGCACGAAGCUGACAAGCAGUUACAAAUGUAAGGGUUUGCUUGCUACGUUGCCAAUGUAUUACCUUAUUCGCUCGCUACACACCUCUUGGAUUUAGUAAGUCCUUUAGCUAUACCUGGCACAAUUGGUUUUAUACAUCCUAAAGUAACUGUAGUACUCAAGAAACUGAUUACAGCAACAAUCCUGUUACGUUUCAUUUUGUUACCCACCUUGGAUGGCAGAAGGCAGGGUGAGGUGUAUUGUUUUCUCAUUCUCAUUUUCCUCGAGCUUGACUAAGAUGACUUUCGAUUUCUUCACGCAUACAGAAUGAACAUUAACAAAUAAGGACCUAGCCCAGUAUCUACUUUUAAUGCUGCUUUGCUUUUAAAUAAAAGUGCCUUCAUAAUAAAACUAGUUGAUAUUU